CGAUGGUACUAUGGUACUGUGGUUCGGUGGUGGCAGAAUUUGGUAUGAUCAUAUAGAGGGAGUAAUACAUUACAUAACCUGGGUUUAUUCUAAGACAGUUAUCUUUCCUUUUGGUACAUAUGGAUUCUCCCUUGAUUAAUUUCUUUAAACUGUGAUUAUUUAUUAUUAAAGUCUGAUAUACCUCAAAUACACAUACCCAUUAUUUGUUUGUUUGUUUGUUUGACAGUACACUGUUAAAAUGCCAUUCCCCAUAAACCUUUGCCACAUUAAUGUCAUUUUAAUGUAUAAUCUCUUUUUUUUUUUCUUUUUGCAAGCCGGCUUUGCAUAGACCACUCUGAUAAAAAUAAACAUGAAAUAUUCUAUCUAUAUGCUAUACUAUCUAUAUCAUUUGUCUUUUUUCUAACAUUGUUUAGCAUAUAUAAAUCUAACAUAAACCUAACAAAAUGCACAAAUUAUAUAUAACUUAAUAAUUGUAAUGAGUUUUUAAAUCGAUUUUUAGAUGAGUUAUUUCAAAUCUGAUGCAAUUUGUGCUGGAGUAAACUGUCUAAUAUGCAUACUCAAAUAUUCCAUAUCAGAUUCACUUUAUCACUGUAGUAGAAAAUUGACUGAAAACAUUUGCUUCAACAUAACCUGAGUAGAGUUAUAAACCUGCAGAAAAGUGCUGAAUGAAAACUGCCCCAUUAUUAACCUCUGAUAUAGCAGCUGUGAUAAGAUAAAUUGAGGUAAUCUGAUCAUAAAACUCAAGGUGAAGUGAAAUAGCAUGAAGUGUGGGAAAGGUUGGCAGCAGUCAGAAAAUGAUCUGAGCACACAGCACUAAGCACUGUUAGUGUACCAGACCUCUUCUAGCCAUGUUGUUGACGAUAAGUCUUUGGCUGUUUGCAGUUUCUCCAGCUCUCUUUGCUCCAGUCAAAGAACCCUGUACAACAGGAAGAAACAAGCUUCUGCUCAUCUCCUUUGAUGGAUUCAGAUGGGAUUAUGACCGGGAUGUGGACACACCAAAUCUUGACAAGAUGGCUCAAGAUGGCAUAAAAGCUACUUAUGUCAUCCCACCCUACAUAACGAUCACUAGCCCGAGUCACUUCACUCUGCUUACAGGACGUUACAUUGAGAAUCAUGGUGUGAUUCACAAUAUGUGGUUUAACACCACUACUCAGGAGAAGAAGCAAUACUACAUGGCACAGUUUGUCGAUGACUACUGGGACAAUGGCAGUCUACCUAUAUGGAUUACAGCUCAAAGACAGGGUCUGAAAACUGGCUCUUUGCAUUUUCCGGGUACGGCUGCCACAUAUCAGAAUGAGAGGGUGCAUGUGAGAGAGGUGGAAUCUCAAUUUUAUGACUACAGCAAUGAAACAGAUUGGAGAAUGAAUGUGGAUAAAGUGAUGGGUGAUUGGUUUAAAAAACAGGAUCUGGACUUUGUCACUCUAUAUUUUGGUGAGCCAGACGAGACAGGCCAUAAAUAUGGGCCUGACUCCCCAGAACGACGUGAUGCAGUCAGGAAAGUGGACCGCACCAUUGGCUAUAUACGUGACACUGUGCAAAAACAUGGUCUUGCUGACCGCCUGAACAUCAUCAUCACUGCUGAUCAUGGUAUGACUACUGUGCUGAGAGGAGAUGGAAUAAAAAAGAUUAUUCUCUCCCAAAUCCCUGGCUUCUCAUUUCAGGAUAUUAAGUUCCAGUUGUUAGACUAUGGCCCUAAUGGGAUGCUAUUGCCUAAAGAGGGCAUGCUGGAGAAGGUUUAUAGAGUCCUGAAAGGUGCCCAUCCUAACCUCCAUGUCUAUAAGAAGGAAGACAUGCCUGCUCGUCUUCAUUAUUCUAAUCAUCCACGUAUUUUACCCCUCCUUCUCUAUGCAGACCCAGGAUAUGUAAUCAGUGGGAUUCUCCCAGUUCAGACCAGUAAAGGAGAACAUGGAUUUGAUAAUCAAGCUUUAGACAUGAAGGCUUUCUUCAGGGCAGUAGGGCCUGACUUUAAUAAGAACCGUGUAGUGGGACCUUUUGAAACAGUUAAUGUUUAUCCCUUAAUGUGUCAUCUACUGGGAAUAAAACCUGAGGUUAAUGAUGGCUCUCUUGAUAACACCAGACAUCUUCUAGUCUCUGGUGGGCAACAGUGUGACAGCAAAGAACCAAACCAGAUGAGCAUCGUCACUGGCAUAGCUGUAGUGGUCGGGUUUCUGGUAGCUGUCUUCAUCACUGUUUCAUCGUAUAAUGUCUUCAAGCGAAAUAGAACAAAUAUAAGGCCUCGCCCCAGCCGCCUGGCCCUCUCCUGCCAGCCUGAAUAA